AUUCCAUAUCAACCAAUCUGACACCACCAGAACAGUGACGCCUGUUUUAAAUUUGCAAAUGUUAAGUUCGUUUACUUUUGCUCUGAUGAAGCCCCGUCUGCAGGGGCGAAAUAUUAGCCAUCACUGAUUUAUGUGUGUUUUUUGUUGUUCAUUCUCGUCGCGUUGCGGUGUUCCUUAUUUACUACUAUAGAAGGAAAAGCCUUACAACUUUGUCUAUUUAAAGAUCAAAUUUUCUUUUCAUCUCUAAAAUCAGUAAUAAAUUCUAAAACAGGCUCAAACCAACACCUUUACGCUCGAAUGUUUUUCUUUCCAAAAAAAAUUAAACUGUGGAGGAGAUUGGUCAUGUGACAUAAUGACCUGCAAGAAGCGGAAGAUGAUGCUGUCAAUAAGAUUUGUGGAAAUGCUCCCUUGUGGAAAUUACUUUGGCAUUAAAAUGAUAAUUACCAGACAGCAGGAUCUGGCUAAAACUCGGCUGAAAGUGGUUGCAGAAAGUGGUAUGACAGUCUAAUGCUAGGGAGUUCGAAGCAACCAGACUGCAAUGUACUACAAAGCCAUUGUUGGCUCUCCGGGAACUGAGAGAGCCCGCGAUAAUUUGAAAGACGGAUCGACUCUUGGAAGAUUGGACUCAGGCAUCGAAUUCGAUUUAGGCCUUAGCACUUCUUCCCCAAACAAAUCUGUAUUUCAUGACAAUUUUCUCAAUGUUCUGAAGGGUGAUGUAUUCAAGUCCAUCGAAAUACCGGUGGAUAAGAGACUUAUUUAUGUUGAAAGAGUUUCCCGGGAAAAAUCGAAUGAAGAUGGUGACAGUGUCUUUGGUUUUGAGGUUGACAUGGACGAGUCCGCUGCCGUUGCUAAGGGUUACAUUUUAGCUGAUAGUGUCGAGAUUUGUGAACCUGUUAAUGACAGCAAUAACAAUGGCGGUAAAAAUACAUCCUGUUGCCAUUACAUGGAGUGCAGCUGCGGUACAGAGUUCACAAAGAGGCAAGAAGCUAUCAUCAAGGAAUUGACAAAUGAAAACAAAAGACUUCGGGCACAGCUUCAAGAACUGAGACUAACAAAUGAUGGCUUGUUGGAUAGUUUAAGCUGGAAUGGAGGAGAAGAGCAGGUCUCACUUUCUCUCAGUAUCCCAGCAUCACCAAGACCGGUCUCGCCAAGAAUGUGGAAAUCACCAAGACCCUUAAGGGCUAGGUCAGGGACUGCUAGAAGUGACUGUUCGGAUCCUGAUGUUGAUGUUUUCUUGAAGAUGCUAGAAAAACCACUAGAAAAGCAAGAAGAUAUCUUGGAGGAAGAAAUACAGCUUUCUUGUACACUUUGCUCGCGAAAAAUCAAUUUAACUGAAUUGGAAGUUCAUUCCAAAAUCUGCUCUUCUGUAGCUGCCAACAAAAAUGCCAUCCCAAGUUUACCCAACAUGUUGGUAGUGGAUGUCACCCAGGUAACCGAAGCAUCAAAUACGGAGCAGCUGGUUAAAGUAAUAACAAAGACGACGCUAAAGAGUUACGACGGACAUCUUUUCAAAGUCAAUCGAUCGAUAGAAGAUUUUGUUUGGUUCCGAGGAAUACUGCAAGUUAUCUGCGCCAGUAGAAUAGUACCUAGCAUAAGGCUGCAUGAUUCUGCAAGCGGAAACUUCAGAGAAAUACAGAGGUUUUUAGGACGGCUUACUAAUCAUAAGGUCCUCAAAUCACACGAUUUUGUCAGAGAUUUUCUCACGAAAAAGGAUCUUGACAGUAUGAGAAAACGAUAUGCUGAUAAAGGCUCGCGUUUGGCAACACCAAAUCGGAAACCGAAGUCGAAUCACCCAGAAGAAAACAGUCUUUUAUUCAGAGCAUUUAGUUACAUUACUAUUUUGAUGACGAACUUGGAGAAUCUAGCUUGCCACUUCAAAGAGCGAAUGGAGAGAAAAAGUGUGCAAGGUGAUGGCGUGAGUCGUCGAUUCAGUGACCUAAGCGAUGGGGAAAUCAACGAAACAUAUUUAAAGAUUGCUUGUAGUGGUUUGAGCAGAAUCACUCAGGAAACUGGCAUAAAAAAGGAGGAUUCUCAUGAAGCAGCCCUCGUUGAAGAAAUAGAGAGUCUCCUCGGAAAUGUAAAGGAAGCCGAGAACUUGCUGAAACGAAUCGAGGCCAAGCGGGACAAUUUCCUUUACUGGAACGAGCAGAUGACGCUGUACGAGCAACAGAACUUGUCCAAUCAGUGCUGCUGCGAGCCUAUAGGAAAAUUACCACUGGAGUCUAAGGUUCAGGUUCAGAACGAAUUGGAUACCCCUUCCCGGAAAACGUCAAUGACACAAAAGUGGGCUGAGGCCUCUGCCAACUGUGAAGCUUCUAAAACAAGCCUCGAAAACAUCUGCAAGCACCUCUCAGAAGAACUGCAAAACUUUGACAUUUCAAAAGAGCUUGAUCUCAAAGAAUUAUUAAUUGAUUUUGCAGAUGGAAAUUUCCAGCACUAUGAGAAGCUACAAAGUAAAUGGUAUGGUGUAAGAAUUAUGCUCGAUGCAGAAAUAUCUCCCAACAAAAGAGCUUUUAAUAUUAUCUAGCAUACAUCAAUUUGGCGUGAAUAGAAGUUGGACUGUGAUAAACAGGUAAAAAAAAAGAUUCGAUGUGAUUUCAAAGCACAUGGCUUUUCGUAAGUCUUCAAUUGCACAGUAACACAAAUAGAUUUCACACUUAUGGUUACAGCGUAAUUUUCGAAAUGAUUAAUUGAUUGCAAUCGCUUUUAAUGUUCAGGGAGAGUAUAAACCAAACCAACAUCCCUUCGUUUUUACCUAUCCACCUAUUUUCCUUAUCCAUAAAUUCACGAGAAUACCCUUCUUCAAAAUUCUGUGGUCUCCCUGAUCUGUUCUUUGAUCAACACGGCUAGGCCAAAGGCAAAAACCAAACAUUUUGCGAUGGAACAUUUCAUUUCCAAGUAUACUUUUUGGCUCAACACCAGUUGGCUGUUUAUAGGCUGAUGCUUUCUGUUAGCCUGCAGCCUGAAAUUUGUGUUUGGACACGGGAUUCAAAAAUUGUCUUCAAAAAGGUUUCCAAUUUUUAAUUUUGUGAUAUUAGUAAAAAAAUCAACGAAACGUUUGAUAAGCGUAUUCAGUUUCUUAUGAAUUUUUUAUUUCAUUCUUCGUUUUAUUUUGAUUUAUAACUCUGUUUGAGUGUGAAGAUUUGAGUGUGAAGAUCCUCAGGGAGGGAAGAUCCGCACUGGCUGUGUGUUCACUUCCAAGUUGUAUGGGUCAUUUUACGCCUAUUGGGACACCAUUGUAGACAAUUGUCACAAAAUUGGUUCACUUUCUGACCUAUGUUACUAAAGCAUAUAUCUUGAAAACUGCAAGCUUCACUGGAUCCAAAAAAUGGAGCUAAACAUAUAUUAUUCACCUCUUUCCCCUUUUUCCUCAUUAUUUACCUGACAUGACCAUAUUUGUUCCUGCAACUUAAAAUAACCAUGUUGUCAUAAGAUCGAUCUUUUGGUUUUCUUUGAUUUCGAUCACUUCUACCUCAUUAUUGAAAACAAAACGAAUAAGCCAUGUUAUUUUCUCCUCAUAAUUGCUCGCUUGCGUCCCGAUGCCAAAUCUGAGUAGAUUUUCGACAAAAUACAAAAUUUAUGACAUUUAAGAUCAAGAAAAGUGUUUUAUUAAGUUAUUUUCCCGCACCAUCUAUUAGUUGUCUUUGAAAAUCCUGUUGUCUUUACAUGUUUUAUUAAUGUGCAAUGUAAGACUUCCAGGAUUAACACGGUUUUAAUUUUGAGUAGUGGAAUUGAAGUAGAUUUUUGUUUUGCUUGAAUUGCCGUUAUGCAAUGCUAAGGUUAAAUGAUGUUAAUCCUUGAACGAUAUCAAACUUUCUCGCAUAGCUUUUAAUCUAAGAUUUUCCGUGACAAAGUGCUUUCCUAGUUCUUUCAUACUUCAUGUUUCAACAGAAGUAUUUAUAAGACCGUUAAUCGAUUCAUCUGUUAAGAGGGUAAGAUAAGUGCAUGCUGUUUAGCUUCUCAAAUAAAAUCAGCGUUUCUUCGCAGUGCAGCGAGUAUAUGACGGGGCAAUUAUCUCUCAACAAAUCGAAGUUGGACCCAAACUUAAAAUGAGGUCAUGCUAAGGUCAUCUUUUUGAAAAUGCUGUUUUGAAUGGCAAUUUGCUAAACUCAAAACAAGCCAUUUCGUUUUUAUGUCGUUACAUUUGAAUGAAAUCGAUAUCCCUGUCAGAGGUUCCUCCAAGCAGUUUGGAUGGCCAUCUUAAAGGUGGCCAUGCCGGAAACGUGUUUAGGUAGAUUUAUGUUUUCUAUUUGUUUGAUAACUUUGAGACAAGCAAAAAUAUCAGAAAAUAAAAUACCUCCAAUGAAUACUGUUUUUCCUUUAAAUUUCAUGGCCUAAAUUCAUAAGAGAUUGAUCUUAUUUUCUUAAUGAUAUUUCCGAAUAAAGCUUUAAUUAUCUUGGUAUUGCGUCUUGAUAAUAUUUUUUGUCAUUGGGUUGAAAAAUUGUUGUUUAUUUUAUAAUAUCUUAAAUUUCAUUGUCUAAUACUUAAAUUUGAAAUCAAUUAAUUGUAAAUUCGUUGUUUUGGACAUAUUUAUGAUUGUAUUCUGUAAAGAAUUGUGAGCCUCAUUUCGUUAAUGUUUCUAAUAUAUAAUUGAUAUUAACAAAAAGCUUGAUCUUCAUCAAAUCUGUUGUUUGCAGUUAUUUCAUGAAUAAUUUAUUCAAAUGUUUGAAUUUCCUGUUUUAUUUACACUUUCAUCUUAGUUCCUUGACGUAAAAUAAACGUGGAUCUCCCGAAAGCGAUCUUGAAUUGCCUAGAGAAAUCAUAAAAAAUUCUGUAAAUCCCCAGGCGAUCAUUACUUUUUUACCGUCUUAGUGGGGGGGAUGCACGUAAGUUUGUUGCAGAUACAAUGCAAAAUGCUUUGGAUUACACGGACAGCCGUGUUUAUGUGUUGCAUUGAGGUCUUAUUCUGUUUUUUUUUCUCACAAAAAAACUGCUCAUAAUUUCAACCGAUUAUUCUUACUCGUACGCUGAGAAUUCCUACCCAUAAUUCAUUCAUACCAAAACAAAAUCAGCCUCCUUAAUUAUCUGAACAUUAUUGACCAGAGAAAAUUUAAUUUUCUACAAUCAUCAAGCAGUAUUUUGAGAUCGGAUAAUGACCACGCCCAGCUAGCCCAAGAACUUUGUCCCGUUUCGAAAUUGGAACAUGUUGUAGUUUGGCCAGGCGCUUUACAAUGACGUUUUUAUUGCUGUGAGACACUUUGUCUAAACAAAAAAAGACAAAGGCACUAUCCUUGUGUAACAACAUUUCCUAGAUAGUCAUUUUAACUUUGCGAACAGGUCACUGUUAUUCUGGCCUGGUUCAUAAAGUUAUGAACUGAGACCAAAUUACAGAUGUUUGAUGGGGCAAGAGUUUGUGCUCAAGUGACCAUAUCUCAGCCAAUUCGUAAUAACUUUGACUGGUUUUGCACCUUUGGAGAGUAUAGGUUCCAAUGAGAGUUCUGAUUACAUUCAAAUUCUCCAUACCAAAUUGGCCAAUCAGGUGUUCAAGAAUUUGACAACAAACUUGCUUCGCCGCUAGAUUUAGGGCUAUUUUUCACAUUUUAUUACCACCCACAAAAUUUUCAUUUGCCAGAUUGAUAAUUUGAUAAAUUUGGGAAAAAACCAUAGCAAGUACAUGUCAAUUUAUUCGCAUAUCGGCAGGAGGAGUGCCUGUGUAACUGACGUGGAUAAACGCUACAUUUUACCAGAAAAAGUGCAGCUCUUCUAUCUUAUAAAACCUAUGUUCAUUAGGAGGUAUUUUUCUUGACACCUUCCUAGGCUAUAGGAUCAAAACUGAAAAAUUCUAAAAAUAUAUGCUGUGACGUAAUCACUUUGGUACUCUACAAAACUUCUGUUUCCAUUCCAUACUCGUAGUUUCGUCUGUAUUUCGACGAGUGAUUCUUCGAUUAUUCAGUGCACGUUUUCUGUUCAUUCAACUUUAUCCUUGGCCAAGCCUAACUUACAGUAAAUCCAGGAUAAUUGAAGUUUGAAUAUUUUGAUACAAUAGUUUAAUAUUUUUCAGCAAUACUGUAGAUUUUCAAGGCAUAACAAGGCAAAGUGACACCUUUUUUGUUCUUUUGAAAUGUUCCAUUCACUGUCAAAAGCAACUUUAAUUUAUUUAAAUCCUUUGCAAAGACACCUAGCCAAAAUGGGAUAAUAUUUGAGAUCCAAUGUAAAUAUUAAUUGAUAUUAUCUGACAGAAUAAACUCAAUAUUUUCACUCGAUAGUAGCCUGCACGUGUCUUUAAUUCCAUUAGUCUUUGUCAAAAUGCUUAGUUUCCGAAACCUGCCGUUAUGGUAGACGUCAACUUCCAGUUAAAUGCCUAGCCUUUUCAAAUGCAAUUGCGUUUCAUUAAAGCGGCAUGGCAACUGGAUGGUAUCUGUGGUCAAUUUCCCUUAUCCUCCCCUUUUCUACCGAAAAUUUUCUGGCCAGGUUGAA